UGCUUGAGAGUGAAGGCGGGACUUCCUUCAAUUGCCUUGGUUACCCCGGACCCGAUUAGAAGACUUGCGUUAGAAAAGUGCUUCGCGCCGAAUUGAAGUGAAGGAAAGUUGUUUAUUGGAAUCAUUGUAGCUAGAUUUGUGUACAUUUUCAGAAACAAUGAAGAUAGAGGAGGUGAAAAGCACCACGAAAACUCAGCGUAUCGCCUCACACAGCCAUGUGAAAGGCCUUGGACUAGACGACGCCGGCAAUGCGAAGCAGUCUGCAUCGGGCCUGGUGGGACAGGAGACAGCAAGAGAGGCAUGUGGCAUCAUAGUGGAACUAAUCCGCGGCAAGAAAAUGGCUGGAAGGGCAGUUUUACUGGCCGGACCUCCUGGAACUGGAAAAACUGCGCUUGCCUUGGCCAUGGCUCAGGAGCUGGGAAAUAAGGUGCCCUUCUGUCCCAUGGUGGGCAGUGAGGUGUACUCCUCAGAAAUCAAGAAGACAGAAGUCCUGAUGGAGAACUUCAGAAGGGCUAUCGGGUUGCGUAUUAAAGAGACUAAGGAGGUGUAUGAGGGGGAGGUGACGGAGCUGAGCCCCUGUGAGACGGAGAACCCCAUGGGUGGAUACGGGAAAACCAUCAGCCACGUCAUCAUCGGCCUCAAGACUGGAAAAGGCACCAAGCAGCUCAAGCUGGAUCCCAGCAUCUAUGAGAGUCUGCAGAAAGAGAGGGUAGAGGUAGGAGACGUCAUCUACAUCGAAUCCAACAGUGGAGCUGUCAAGAGGCAGGGGCGCUGUGACACAUUUGCCACAGAGUUUGACCUGGAGGCUGAGGAGUACGUGCCACUGCCCAAAGGAGACGUACACAAGAAGAAGGAGAUCAUCCAGGACGUCACUCUUCACGACCUGGACAUAGCAAACGCCAGGCCACAGGGAGGACAGGACAUCAUGUCGAUGAUGGGCCAACUGAUGAAGCCCAAGAAGACAGAAAUCACAGAUAAGCUGCGGGCGGAGAUCAAUAAGGUGGUGAACAGGUACAUUGAUCAGGGCGUGGCUGAGUUGGUGCCGGGGGUGUUGUUUGUGGACGAGGUUCACAUGCUGGACAUCGAGUGCUUCACCUACCUGCACCGCGCCCUGGAGAGCACCAUCGCCCCCAUCGUCGUCUUCGCCUCCAACCGCGGGAACUGCCUCAUCAGGGGGACAGAGGACAUCAGCUCCCCACACGGCAUCCCUCUGGACCUGCUGGACCGAGUCAUGAUCAUCAGGACCAUGCUCUACACACCGCAGGAGAUGAAACAGAUCAUAAAAAUCCGUGCACAGAUUGAAGGCAUUACCAUCAGUGAGGAGGCUCUUGCACACCUGGGAGAGAUUGGCACCAAGACCACGCUAAGGUAUGCUAACCAGCUCCUGACGCCAGCCAGCCUGUUGGCCCGUGUGCAGGGGAAAGAGAAUGUGGAGAGGGAGCAGGUGGAGGAGAUCAAUGAGCUCUUCUACGACGCCAAGUCCUCCGCCAAGAUCUUACAGGACCAACACACCAAGUUCAUGAAAUAAUAAUAACGCCCAUCUCUGUGUCUGUGUGCAACUCACUGUCUGCCUUCACCCGCUCAUUCCCCUACUCUAGGUUGUUUUAAAAAGGUUUUUUUUUGUUUUGUUGGAAUGUCUAUCUUUAUGUUUAAAAUGUGUUCUUUAUUAAAAAAAACAAUAAUCGAAUAGUUCUUGAUUGGUUUGUUGUUUCUCUGAAUAUUUGAAAUAAAAUAUGGCUGACUGUACAUUUAUAUUCAUUAUAUAAAUAGUUUUUAUAAAUCAAUAAAAAAAAAGAAGUAA